AUGACCGACAACCUGGCCUUCGAGGGCCUGGUCCCCAACGAAUACUUCACCUACGAGGGCCGCCUGGGCUCUUUCCACCAAGUCUAUCCAGCGCCGAAACGACGCCAGUCUGGCGCUACUAAGGGUGCUAAGAACCUGACUUGGCCUCACAUGAAAUACCUCGCCCCGGAGGAGCUCGCGAAAGCAGGAUUCGUUUGGCGCCCUUUCCCCGAUAACCCCGACAACGUCGCAUGCUUCCUCUGCAACAAAUCCCUCGAUGGCUGGGAAGAAGGCGACAAGCCCCUUGAAGAGCAUCUCAAGCAUUCCCCUGACUGCGGCUGGGCCAUUGUUGCAGGCAUCGAAGCCAACCUGAACGGUUUGGCGUCCGAGGACCCAGCCAGCACCCGGAUGAUUGCGGCCAGAAAAGCAACUUUUGAUGGGCGGUGGCCCCACGAGGGAAAGAGAGGCUGGAAGAACAAGAUUAAGCAGCUCGCCGAGGCAGGCUGGAAGUACACACCUUCCCUCGAAUUCAACGACAUGGCGACAUGCACCUACUGCGAGCUUGCCUUGGACGGCUGGGAACAAAAUGACAAGCCCAUGGAUGAGCACUUCAACCGAUCACCCGGCUGCCCGUACUUUGCCUUAGUCAACCAAUACGCCGCCACGAAGAAGACCAAGGGCAAGGGAGCUAGAGGCUCCAAGGCAGCAGCGAGGCUCUCCGUGCAGUCCGUCGCGACAGCAAAUUCUGACAUCACGUCGAUGACAGACUUUCCCGCCGAACAAGACGACAGCGUCCUGACAACAUCGUCUACUAUGGCCGGCAAGAAAGGUGCUCGAGCCAAGAAGGCCACAUCAAUUACCAAGGGCCGGAAGACCAAGGCCAAAAAGGAUGAGCCCGUCGAAGUGGUUGAAGAUGAAGCGAUGCCGGAAGAGGUGCCACCUCCACAUGCAUCUAAGCCAACACGAGGACGCAAGCGGACAAGUGACGAGGUAGACGACUCUGCUCUUACCAUCUCUGAGGCACCCGCUCCAAAGAAGCGCACAGCCCGCGGUCGUGGCAAGGCUACUGCCGACAGCUCGAUGGCCGAGCAUUCACAAGAUAUCAGCAUUGCCGAUGCACCACCGCCAGCGAAGGCGCCCAAAGGCCGGAAAACCGCCAGCGCUUCCGGCACCAAGGGAACACGUAAAGCCUCGACAACGUCGCAGAGAUCAACAGCCUCGUUGGCGUCUUCGCGGGCCGCCCCAGGCGCCUUUCCCGACGACGAUGAUGACGAGAUCACCCGACAGCUUGAGGCUGACCUCGAACGGCCAUUGACUGACGACGAGGACAUUAUGCAAGACUCCGACUCUGAACGGCAAAGGACAAAGAAAAGCCGCGCUGGCAAGGAUACUGCCGCCAGCCCCGAGCCCUCGGGCAACCACGAAAUGUUUGACGCCGAACCGUAUGUCGCGAAUGAGGAUGACGUCGAUGAAGAGUUGAAGCAACUAGAGGCCGAGAUGACCAUUGAUGAGCCCGAAGUGCUUGAAGUGCCAAAGAAGGGGCGCAAGGCCGCGGGAGCCCGUAAGGUGUCUAAACAAACCAAGAACCAGAAGGCCAAGGUUGUGAAGGCUCCCGCUGAGGAGGACGAACUCGCGAUGCCCACUGAGCCAGUCAAGGCGGAAGAGCCUACUGCCAUGGAGGAGGACGAGAUCAGCACUGCCACCGUUAUAACAAAACCUGCUCGUGCAAGCACCGGUAAAAAGCGUGGUCGCCCCUCCAAGGCAUCCCUGGCUUCGCGUGCUUCCAUGGAAGAUGUGAGCAGGGUCGAUGAGGUAGAAGUAGUUGAACCUGAUGCUACGGCUCAAGCUGAGCUGAAUGCUGCGGUUGAGAUGGAGUCUGCGGAAACCUCGGCGCGUGAAUCAUUUGCUUCUGCACGGCAAACCCCGGCACCUGCCGAUCAUCGAGACGAAUUGGAAGAUGAGCCAGAGGAGCAUGAGGAGCCAGAGGAAUCUGAGGAACCUGAGGAAGAGCCAGAAGAAGAACCUGAAUCGGAACUGGAGCCAGAGAUUGAAUCUGAAGCUGAGGCAGAGGUUGUAUCCGAAGCUGAGGGAGAGGUUGAAUCCGAAGCUGAGGCAGAGCCGGAGGCACACGAGCCCACGCCGAGAAGCGCCGCAAAGGAGAGCUCACCGGCGUCUCCAUCUUCACCAGUGAUCACUUCAUCGGCCCGUCGCAGUCUUCGGCACCAGUCGGGGACACCUCGCAUUUCCCCUGCACAGUCUGCUCGGCAAGCAGCAGUAUCACCAUCACCAUCUCCACAGUCAUCGGAUGCCGAGAACCAGCCUCCGUCGUCAAGGCCGUCCACCUCGCAGAAACGCGUGACGCACGUGCUCGCCUCAUCCACACCAGCGCGGCCAAACUCGCCGUCUAAGCGAAAGGCUUUGGCUAGUCUCCAGAGCGCAACACCCUGGAACCCUGUCGACAUUGACCUCAUUUUUGGCUCCCCUGAAAAGUCCGACAAGAGAAAUCCCGUCGACAGACUGCUGCACAAAGGCUCUGAGCUGACGAGCCCCGAGAAACGCAUGACGGUUGAGGAGUGGAUUCACCACAACGCGAACCAGGCAGAGGCGAAGCUGCGACAGGAGUGCGAGGCCAUGGUCAGCAAGUUUGAGAGCGAGGGGAGUAAAGCCAUGAAUGUUUUGGAGGGUCUGAUUGUUGAAUGA